UCUACCGAAAAAAUGUUUUGGAAAAAUGUUUUAAUGAUUUUACAUUUGAUCUGACUUUCAAGCCUAGUUAUAAACCUUUUGAUAGAUUGGGUUGUGGUAGAUUGGCGUGUUCCCCCAACAUUUAGCAUAUCGUCGAAAAAAUUAAUUUUUUGAAUCGCAAUUACUCUCACAUCAGUAAAACCAAAGUUGAAUGAUUUUUAAAAAAUUUUAUGCAAAAAAUUAUAUUUUCUUGACUAUAUGCUCUUAUAUACCAACCAACCUAUACAAUAUUGUUCUCAUAAUACUUGGAUGAUUUGUUGAUCUAUUAUACUCUACUGCGUUUAUUUGUUGAACAAAAUGGCAAUUUUUCUUUAAAUCUUUCUCUGUUUGCACUGAUAAAUUUGUUAUUUCCUUUGGUUUAUUUUUAAAUAUAUUUGUUUUAGAUCAAGUAAUUAUUGAAUGCUUGAAUGGGGGAUUUUUUAGUGUUUAAUUUUUUUGAAAUCUGUUUUUAAAUUAGGAUUCUUAUUGAAUUUUUUUAUUAAAUUUAUAUUUCAAAAUAUGCCUGCGUUAAGUGAGACACUUAAACGACGCAAGUUUAUACCAAAAACAAAAGGAAUUGAGGAACUUAUUCAAGAACAACAACAAAUAAAUCAUGGUCCUGUAAUAAAUGCAAAAUUGCCUAUCUUUUAAUGAUGUUAAAAUUAAUGCGGAACUUCGUAAUACUUUAAAUUCAAUUAAUUAUUUUGAGCCUACUGAUGUGCAAAAGUGUGUUAUUCCUCUCAUUCAAAACACUACAAAUGAUAUUCUUUGCCUUGCUGCAACUGGUAGUGGAAAGUCUGGAUCUUUUUUGAUUCCUAUUAUUAAUCGGUUGCAAAAAGAUAAACUUAGUUCUGGAUUUUGUCGUUCUGACACUUUAAACAAUUCUUCUCCUGUAGCUAUAAUCGUUGCUCACACUAAGGAAUUGGUUGAACAACUCUACAAAUUUGCUAAAACAUUGGCUUAUGGUACUCAAGUUGGUGUUGCAUAUGCGAGAGGUCAAAUGCCUUUUGAAGAAGGUAGAAAACAAUUAGCAAAUGGGUGUGAUAUUCUUGUUAUUACGCCUGGACGUUUACAGCAUUAUUUAAAUGACGGGUGGAUUUUUGUGGAUAAUACUCAGUUUGUCGUUAUUGAUGAAGCUGACAAGUUUAUUGUAGAAGAGAGUUUUUCUUCACUACUUCAUGAAUUAUUCAAUCGAAUGCGCAAACAAAAUAAUUUUCUUUUUCGAACUUUUAUGUUCAGUGCAACCAUUACAGACGUUGCAGAUUAUGUUAUUAAUGAUUUUUUAAAGAAAGAUUGUUAUAAAGUUAUUGUUGGUAAACCUAAUCAAGCUGUUUCUCAUGUUCAUCAAAGAGUUUUAAAAGUAGAUUUUGAUAAAUAUGGAUAUGCUGCAAAGUUUGAAAUGGCCAGAAUUAUUUUACGAAAAAUAUCAACUUGUGUAGAACCAAAAGAUGGAGAACAUUUUUGUUACAAUACUCAACGCACAUUAAUUUUUCUUAAUGAUGCUCGUUCUUGUGAGCGUUUAGCAAUUAAACUUAGUGAUCACGGUUACCGUGCAAUGAGUACUAGUAGUCACCGUGAAAUGGAGCAACGUUACAGAGCAGUAAAUGAUUUUAAAGAAGGAAAAUGGCAUAUUCUUGUUGGGACUGAUAUUAUUGCUAGAGGAAUGAAUUUUCCAAAAGUUAAAAAUAUUAUCAUUUAUGAAUUACCACCUAUUCAUCGUUAUCAAGAAUAUGUACAUAGAGUUGGACGUACUGGCCGCAUAGGAACAGAAGAUGGAUGUGCUUAUAUAUUUUUUGAUCCAAGAUCUCGAAAUGAUGAAAUGCAGGCAGAAUUUUUAAUUGAGGUAGAAAAAAGUUCUUUAGUUUUUUUACAAGUUUAG